AUGAUCUCGUCCACUUUGACGCUGAGAGAUCGUCUCGACCACGAGAGCCCGCAGAGGCACAGACGCACGCCACGUAGGCAAGUAGACUUUCUCUCACGCGUCUCAACGCGCCUUUGCCCGCGUUCUACGUUCAACAUCAGCUUUGCUUUUCGAUUUUCGGUAUCAGGCCUUGCAUCAAGUCCAGAACACGUACACCCAAACGAGCACACGCCACUCUUUUACGCUUCAAAGAAAACAAGCGCAGUUUUCAUCCUUGGCCAACGUCACAACACGUCCUUGCCACCUCACUUGACAAGCCAGACAUCACACCAUCAUGUUCAAGCAAGUCUUCGCCGUCGCUGCCCUUGUGGGCUGCGUGCCCGCCAUCCUCGCACAAGCUGUGAUCAACACGCCCUCACUCAUCAGCGGUCAGCCCGCUUUGAUCACCUUCAACGGGCUGUCCUGCCUGGUGCCGACACAUCGGCCUCCCCUCUCGAGACCUUCCCUACCCAGACAGCUGCAGGCUCGUACACAUGGAACGUCGAUCUGCCCAGCGGCACCUACAUCUCACUUGCUCUACGUGACGGGACCGGUGCACUCUCUUACUCCGCACCUGUCACCAUCGGCGGUAAUGCCUCAGCUAGCUCGAGCGCGACAUCUGCCGCAGCUACCUCAAGCGCAUCGUACAUCUGCCGCAACCACAAGCGCUGGCACGGCCGGCAGCACGACCGCUUCUGGCUCGAGCCCCACCACUUCCUCCUCAUCUACCUCUGGCGCGUCUCGCACGGCCAGCACCGCGUUCGGCCUGACCCUCAUCGCUGGCAUCGCGUUUGCUCUCAUGGCAUAGACACACACUCUCACACACCCGUCGAUAUCCCGCAUCCGCCCGGACGCAGACAGACUAGCAAUGCAUGUCGUCAACAGCAACGAUAA